AAUUGAAGUCAAACCUGGUCACGUGACGACCCCGUGAUCCUAUGCGGAAGAAGGGAUUUGAGCUGCGGUGACAACACAACACAAACGGGGCAAACGCUAACAUUAAUAGGUUAUAUUUCCCGUUUUUUAAACUCGUAAUCUCCUCUCCGAUCAGCCCAGCAAUGGACGGAUCUGUCGGAGCGGCUUCGGACGCCGGACCUCCGGCUUAUUACAGAGGAAAUGAAAGCUCGCUGGUUUCAGCCCUCAAGACACUGUUGUUCUUCACUAUCCUGAUGGUGACGCUGCCCAUCGGGCUCUACUUCGCGACGAAGGCGUACGUCUUCGAGGGUUCAAUGAAGAUGUCAAGCUCCGACAGCUACUUCUAUGCAGCCAUUGUUGCAGUGCUCGCUGUGCAUGUGGUUUUGGCUUUGUUUGUUUAUGUGGCCUGGAACGAAGGCACACCUAAAGGGAAGGGCAAAGACGAUUAAGGCGUGUCCUUAUCAGCUCAGAAGACUGGAGGAGAUGGGCAGAUACAGGCACCACCAUGGGCUCCAGCACUAAACAAAGUACCAUCUUUACCCACCAGACAGUUAGGGGAUCUGGUUGUGUUCAUGCUUUAACACAAGGUUAAAGCAUGUAACUGCUCUAUUAUUUCCUUGCUUGGUGGAGAGGGCGGCCCCUAUUUUUAAGAGGCUUUGUUAUAAACUGUCUUUUAGCCAAAAGCUACAAGUCUCUUUACAGUUAAGAUUUUGUCGCGUCGGAAAACAUCUUGGGUUUUGGAUAAUGCGUUUUCACACACAGGCGUGCGCGCACACACACAGACACACACACACACACACACACACACACACACACACACACACACACUAUGUGCUUGUAAUGUUUAUGUGUAAAGAAUCUGAUUCAAAAAUGCUCUACAUCCAUUCUGUGAGAAUUUGCAGUGCUGAAUUGAUCAUUCUGUCCUCAAAUUUCAGUUCUUAUCUGCAUACAUUUAUUAAAGAUGACUUAACUUCAAUAUAAACUCAAUGUGCUUAACCUUCAUGUUGUAUUUUGGCGCAGAAAAUGUCAUGAUGUCCUGUCGUUAAUUAUCAAUGUGUGUAAUGUAGCUCUGACAUCUUGUGACUUUGAAUCAGAAAAUUAUUCAUCAAUUUGUAUUCAAAGGACUGGUUUGUACUCAAGGAUGUUUGGUGAUUUGAGGAUGUAUUCAGUGAAGUUGUGUGAUGCAGAGGAAAAGGUUCACUUGUUCAAAUAAACUUGAAAAUUUAACUUUUUAGUUUCAAAGGUUACAUAUUUUCCAAGCCUUUCUGCUUUUUUUUUUUUGUUAAGUCACUCAAAGACAAUGCAGAUUUUGAAUGUUUGUUAUUACUGACAUUACAGUAAUGAUACAAGCAUGUCGUGGUAUUCAGGUUUCUUAUAAGCUAGAUGUGAAAUUUAUAAUACAAGCAGUCUCAAGGCCGUCUGUAGUUCAUGCGGGACACAGGGACAUGAAGCCCACACGCUCAGAGUAGUCUGUUAUGUUCGUUUUAAGUAAAAAAAGAAUGUGAGAGAUGUGUAAAGACAAUCUUUUUUUCCCCACAUGUUAUUUCAAACAAGCACGCUACAUGUCCACCACUGUGCCUCUUCAAUCAACACAUUCAUGAGUUGAAUUUCUUUUUUUGGAAACGAUGAAUUGUGUCUGUAACUCAGCAGAAACAUCUGCCAAAUUAAUCAUGCUUCAUAAAGACAUAUGUAAAAGGAGCGAGGCUCGAGGAAAACAAAGAGCUGGAGUUUCUUGUGAAGGUCAUGAGGUCUGAGGCUUUCACAAACACAUGGUCCCUAUAUUGGUUGCUGGCUGACUUGCAGAUAAUUUAAUAUGCUAAUGCAAUUGGCUUUUUUUUUUGCGAUUAAACAAACAACCCAAAAUGUACCCGCAUGAUGCAAGGUGAAAUAAUUCAUAAAGAAUUGUAAAAACUUG